AUGUUAAACCCUGAGAUGUUUCUUGACUCGGAUACAGAAAAUGAUCUUAUGCAAGACACAGUUGUUGCCUUCACUUCACGACAUUUGACAGAAGCAAUUGAGGGGCAAGUAUUGUACCAGGAAAAAUAUCACAAGGAAAAGAUUAAAACUUUAACAGUUGCCCUGGUUAUUUGCCUAAAUAUUGAUAUUGAUCCUCCGGAUGUACAGAAAAUUCCACCUUUCUCAAGAGUGGAAGCAUGGGUCGACCCAACCGAUGCUAACAGUUUACACGCUUUAGGCAAUAUCGGAAAAAAUCUUCAGGCCCAAUACGAACGAUGGCAACCUCGUGCCAGAUAUAAACAGUGUCUUGAUCCAACUUUAGAUGAUGUGAAAAAAUUGUGUCUUAGUUUAAGACGUAACGCUAAAGAUGAUAGAAUUUUAUUUCAUUAUAAUGGACAUGGUGUCCCUAGACCCACUGAGAAUGGAGAAAUAUGGGUUUUUAACACGAAAUUUACUAAAUAUAUACCAUUAUCAUUAUAUGAUCUACAAAGAUGGUUAGGUGCUCCAACUGUUUAUGUAUUAGAUUGUCAAAAUGCUGGAAGAAUAAUACAUAUGUAUGAAGUUUUCUGUGAACGUCGAAAAGCUGAAGUGGCUGUAGUUGAACAAAGACAAAUGGAAUGUGAUGGUAAAACUGAUCAAUCAGAAACAUUACAAUGCAAUCAUCAAACAUAUUCUGGAUCAAAUUUUCCAAAUAUUCUUAAUCAAGCUACAUUACCAUCGUCCUCCACUGUUCAUGUUGUCAGUAUGGAAAAUACAUUUAUGUUGGCUGCAUGUAGUAAAGAUGAAGAUUUACCACAGAAUCCAAAUCUUCCAGCAGAUUUAUUUACUGCUUGUUUAACUACACCAAUUCGUAUGGCACUUCGUUGGCACUGGUUACGUCAUCAAGAAUAUUUUCCCGGUUAUUUAGACGAAGCCUUAUUAGAUCGUAUACCUGGUUCUCAUUCAAAUCGUAUGUCAUUACUUGGUGAAAUUAAUUGGAUAUUCACUGCAGUAACUGAUACAAUAGCAUGGUGUAGUUUUCCAUUGGAUAUAUUUCAAAAAUUAUUUCGUCAAGAUUUAUUAAUUGCUAGUUUAUUUAGAAAUUUUUUAUUGGCUGAACGUAUUAUGAAAUAUUAUGGAUGUCAUCCAGUAUCAGCUCCUUUGUUAUUACCAACUUAUCAGCAUAGUAUGUGGGAUGCAUGGGAUCAUACUGUAGAUCGUGUGAUACAUUAUCUACCAAAAAUGUUAAAAAUCAUUGAAGGUGGUAGCCUAUACGCCGAGAAAUUGUUGCCAAUAAUAAUUCCCAACUCAAAUACGAUUGUCAGUAAUAAUAAUAGUGGACUAUUAAUGAAAACAGUCAACAAUAAUUAUCCAAAUUCAAACAAGAUUACUACCACUGCUACUAAUAAUAACAAUGGUUAUAAUAAUAAUAAUAAUAAUAAUAAUAAUAAUAAUAAUAAUAAUGGUAAUAAUAAUCGUAUACCAGGACCACCUUGUCCAACUGGUAAUAUUCCAUUGGAUAUGUGCACAAAUCGUGCUCGUCAUUUUUCUACACAACAACAAACUCACCCAUUACAACAACAGUAUCAACGACAGGAAAUUCCUCAAGGAAUCCACUCAGGGUUAUUACCAUUGAAACCAGUCAAAUCAACUGUUCCUUCAGUUUGCGUAUAUCCACCAAAUAAGUUACAUAGUGAUAAUAAUAACGAUGGCAAUAAUAUCGCUAUUUCACAGCAACCAUUGACGAAUCCAACUAAAUCUGACUUGAUUACGAGUUGUAAUUUUGCGUUAACCAUGACAUCAAGUACGGUGUCUAAUGUGGCUGUGUCGUCGACUUUCGUGUCUACAACAACAACAACGACGGUUGUUGCAAAAUCAAGAGCAGUUGAUAAAGCUGAUCCCCUGAGAAAUCCUUCAACCAACCAAUUGAUUGAUACUCAUGAUAAGAAAUCUCAACUGGAUCAUGAUUGUCUUCAGUGUGACAAUAAUAAUCAUUCUACAGCCAAUGUACUACAGUAUGGAUUGCCUCCUGACUGUCUUCAAACUCAGCAUUAUCCAGUUACUGUUACUACUAUUACUACGAAUACUGUGACUACUGCUACUCUUAAUACAUCUAGUCGAACUUCUGAGUUAGUAUCAAAAUCGAAGGUAUUCAACCUAUUGAGCUCGGAUUUAGUUGCCCCACCUCCAGGAUUUAAUAAUAAUAAUACUGAUAAGCUUCAAUCGCAACCGGUAACAACCAUGUUGAUUGAUUCAGAACAAAAUAAUCAUCAUCCUAAUACUACUGUUGAAUUUAUCAGUAAUGAUACUAAUGAUAGUAAUAAGGAUUUAAUUGAUAUAAAAUCAACUCUUCAUAGAGUGAAACAGAUGGAUCACUUAGAAAUUGUUGAGUUUACUAAUCAAAAUACUAAUGACGAAUCCCAGUUUACCAAUGAUGAUAAUAAUAAAUAUAAUAAAUCGAAAUUUCUCACUACUACUACUUCUAUGAACAAUAACGAUUCUGUAUCAAUUGUUCACCAUACCAUAACAAAUGAAAUAGAAAAGUCAGUUGAACAAGCGGAUAACCAAAUUUCAAAGACAACAGUACCGAGCGGUUUUCAUCCGUCUUCUCAACAACAACACCAGAAUACAUUAAAUACUCAUCAUGAUCAUCAUCAAAAAGAUUCAUCUAGCUGGAACAAUAAGGUUAAAUAUUUUGAACAUGAAGAUAACCAGAAUAAUGAAAUUAUGUCAACCGCUUCUCAUAUGAAACAAUCGAAUCAAAUAAAACUAGAGAGUAAACUGAACAUUAAUUUGAAUAAUGUCAGUCAAGAAAAAAUCUGUCAUGAGAACAGUGAUGAUAACGAUGAUGAUGAUGUUGGUGAUGACGAUGAUUCGACAGACAAUUCUGAAACAGACGAUGACGAUGAUGAUGAUGAUAUUGAUGUUGACGAAGAUGAUGAUGAUGAGGAGGAGGACGGUGAUGGUGGUGAUGACGAAGAGGAAGAAGACAAUAGGGCGGAACAAUACAAGUGUAAUAAAACUACUUUAAAUGUUCCUAAUACCAUCGGUUCAACAACAAAAGUUAUGAAUACAACAAUAAGUCCCACGAUUACUACUACUACUACUACUACUAUUGAUAAUUGUUCUGCUCAAUUAUCUUUGCAUUCAACGGAAAAUUGUCAUGAAUCUAAAAAAGUUGAAAAUAAACCAUCCAUAGGAAUUGUUGACAAUAGAACUAACCUUUGUACUGGUAUUAGUAAUAGUAAAUUGAUGAAUAAAAAGCAUGAUAAACAACUUUCUCAUAGUAUGUCCUGUUCAGAAUUAUAUACACAUACAAAUUGUAAUGAUCAACAUGAUUCACAACCACCAAUUACACGUCAACAACAACAAAAACAUCAACAACCCCACUCGAAAUUAACACAUGAACAAAUAAACAUGAACACAUAUGAUGAGAAUAAUACGACUAAUCAAUGUCAACACUUACCACUGGGAGUAGUAGUAGAACAUCAACAAACACUAUUAAACUUGAAAAAUAAUAAUCAUGACAGUACCGUAACUACUGAAAAGGAAUCAUUAAUCAAAAUAACAGAAUCUUCUAAAUUAUUGAAUAUGACAUGUAAAGGUAUAGUACUAAGUGAAACUAAUGAUCAAACACGGAAACAAUCACAUGUUCAUGUACAAAAUAAUGAAUUAAAACAACAUGAUAUAGAGAAUAGUGUAGUAGUUUCUGCAAUAAAUUGUAAAUUAAACAAUGACCUACCAUCAGUGAAACAAACUGAAGUUUCUAAAAAUCCUGGAAAUUCACGUAUUUCCACUCCAAUGAAACCUCGUCAACCAACGAUGCAUACACAGUAUCCACAUGGUUAUGAAAAGUUGUACCUGUUACCGAAUAGUGGUGAUAUUCAGAAAGUGACUGGAGCUUGUCGGCAUCGAGUUACUAACAACCACUACAGCAAUAAAUCAGCAACAGUAAUCCAACAACUAGGGGGGCCGAUAACAACUGCAGUUCCAUCCGCACAGACCAAACCUAUCAAACAGUAUUUUGACUAUAAAACUUGUACAAAAUUACCAAAUGCGAAUGAUCAUUAUAACAAUAGAGUUAUUCUACCAAAUAAUGUUAAUUAUCAAAAUGAACAUUACCCGGAUCCAAAUAAAUCUCAGUUGAAUUAUUAUUCCGAUACGUUAUUAUUACCACCACCAUCAUCUAACCAACGAAUCAAUACAUCGUCAUCUACGCUACCAGCAUUGUCUCAUUGUCAACAGUCAAUAACUAAUCAAUUCGUCAGUUCCACGGUGUCGACGGCUUCUACUACGGCUGCCACUACUACUACCACAACGACUGCUACAGUUUUUUCUGGAUCAGUGAUAGGUGGAAGUGGUCCAUCGUCAUUUUUCACUAGUCAAAUGACUGCAUUCAAAAUCUGGUUACAAACGGCUGAUGAACGACGUCCUGUAGCUACGCAAUUACCAAUUUUAUUACAGAUUUUACUAAGUCAAAGUCAUCGAAUACGUGCAAUGCAAUUACUCAGUGAAUUUCUUGACUUAGGACCAUGGGCAGUAGCGCAUUGUUUAACAGUUGGAAUAUUUCCUUAUAUUGUUCGUUUAUUUCAUUCACCAGUUUCAGAAGUGAAACCAUAUUUGGUAUUUAUUUGGGGUAAAAUUAUUGCCAGUGCACAAACUGAAUUCGGUCGAAAUGAUUCAGUUCGUGAUUUCGGUUAUAAAUAUUUCAUUGCUUGUUUAAGUGAUACUGAAAAUCUUUCUCCUCUUACUAGAACAAUCACAGCAUUUGCAUUGGCUAAAAUGUUAGAAAAAGAUGAAUCUGAAGAGCCUGAUCCAUUUUUUCAAGAUGUUUAUUUAAAACAAAAUUUCUUACCCAUUGUACAAACACAAUUAUUUGAUAAUAAUCCAACAGAAAAUGAAGAAAUGCUUAUACGUAUGAGAUUAUGGCUUAUUCUUGCAUUGGCUAAAUUAUGGUGUAAAAAUGAUGAAGCUCGAUGGUUUGGUAUACGACAUAAUUUACCAGAAGUACUUCUGGCUUAUUUAAAUGAUAUUUCACCGGAAGUUCGAGCAGCUACAGUUUAUGCUCUUGGCAAUCUCAUUGAAAAUCAAACUACUGAUUCAUCGAAACAAAAUCAUGCAGAUCAAAUAAGUCAUGAAAUUGGUGGUCAAUUAGUCAAGUAUUCAUCACGUGAUGCUUGUCCAUUAGUACGUUGUAUGGUUGUUGAAGCAUUUCGUGGUUUAGUUAAACAAUUUGAAGCACAAUUAUGCGCUAUUGGUAUACAAUAUAUACAAGAAAUAUAUAAUAAACAAUCUCAACAAAAAUCACAUCAAAAUUGUACAAAAUUAUCAUUACAUUCAAUAACAUCAUUCUCUUCAAAAAGACCUAUGCGUCAUAGUACAAUAAGUGUAAUUACUCCACCAGGAGGUGCGGGGAACGGUGGAGGCAGAGGUCUACACAGAUCUCGUCAGUCAGAGUUAACAUCUAAUCAUAUCAAUCUACAUAGUGGUUGGUUUUUAACAAAAUCAUCAAAUCGAGAAGUUGAUCAACAGCAUAACUACAAUUAUUAUUAUUAUAAUUCUCAUCAUAAAUCUCAUUUAAUCAAUACACAACCACAAGCUUCGCCAAUUCUACGUAAAUCUGUUUUCAAUCCUGGUUCAGUGUUUUUCACUGGUAGUGGUAAUACACCUAGUACAAAUAUCUACGUUCAAUUUUGGCUUACAUUAAUUCAAUUAGCUCAAGAUCCUUAUCCAGAAGUUUCUCGUCUAGCUACAAUUUUAAUACAAUAUCUGUAUGGAAAGAUUCGUGAAAAGGCUGAAUUUCAAGCUAUUUGUUACAAUUCACCUAAUAAUGAUGAUACAAAUGAUAAAUGUAUAACAUAUGAGGAUACAGCUUUAAUCUCAUCAUUGAAUACAUCAUUCACAAGUAGUAAUACAUCUACUGACAAUGCAUCAAAUACUGUAAACGAAUUGAAUUCUACACAUGAUAACAACAAUUCAAUCCGUUCAGAAAAUGCUUCUAUUAAAGAAUUAAGUUCUAAUUGUAUUACACCAAUUACUACUACUUCUGCAUUACAAGUGACCACUACAAAUUCCUCUUCUAGUUCCCUUAUUCAUUCUGCACAAUUCCCAGGUCGACGACAUCAACAAACUGAUCAACGGUUACGUGUAUCUAUCACAAAUUCUCCACAAUUCCCUAAUACAAUAAUCUCUAAUAACACUGUAACAUCUGGAUUUCCGGCCACUACUACUAUUAGUAGUGGUAGUAAUAGUAAUUACCCGUCAUCCCUAGAUACUGUACAUACACAGUUUUUUGCUUGGUCUUGUCGGUGGUUUACUCGUCCACUUUUAUCUAAAUAUGGGCAAUUGAAAAAUGGACAAUCAAAAAGUCAAACUACCUCAAAAAGCUCCUUCGAUUAUGAACCAGUCUCAUUGGGUACAAUCUCUAUUGAUCCAAAAGCAGUCGCUUAUACAGAUCGUGUGAAUCGUUUAAAAAAACAACGAAAAAUAUCUCAUCUAGGACGUUUACAAUGGGAACGUGUUGCUGGACAAAUUUCACAUCCAAUAGUUACAUCUUCUUCAAAUACUAACACUACAACAACUACAAUCAGUCGAAAUAUUUCAUUUUGUAUUUCAACAUCUACCAAUACUACUAAUAAUAUUAGUAGUAGUAGUAGUGUUGGUAGUAGUAACAUGAGUAGAAGUCGUAUUAGUCUUCGUAGCAAUGACAGUGGUGAUAAUAAUAUAAAUAAUUCCUUAGAUGAUUAUUGUUUACAUCCUAUAGCUUUUUAUAAUCAUCAUGGCAAUAAUAAUAGUAAUGAUAAUAUUUGUUCUAUAUCAAGUCAAGUGAAAUUUCAUCCAUAUCAACCUCAUUUAGUGAUGAUUAAUUCAGAACGUAAAGGUCUUACAAUACAUUCAACCAAAAAUCUAAAACUUUUACAUUCAAUUAAUACAUUCACUACAAAAUCAUCAUUAUUCCCUGAUUUUCCUUCAACUAUAGAUGGAUAUUCACGUGUUGGAUACGUCACUGAUAUUGAAUUUAUAAAUGCAGAUGAGGAGGAAAGUUUGUUGCUAACUGCAACAGAUGACGGUUACAUUCGUAUAUGGCGUAAUUAUACACAUCAUCUUGGUCAAGAUCCUGAAAUCCUAACUGCUUGGAAUGGUAUAACAGAUUUAUAUCAAACUGAUUAUCCAGUUGGUGUUGUUGUUCAUUGGAGUCAACAAGCAAAUCAACUUAUUGUAUCCGGUGAUACACGUAUUAUACGUAUAUGGGAUUGUUUAUGUGAAUCAAAACUAAGAGAUAUUAAUACAGGAUCAGAUACAUCAGUUACAUGUUUAACAAAAAGUAUAGAUAAUCAUUUAUUGGCUGCUGGAUUCAAUGAUGGUGGUAUACGUGUUUGGGAUAUACGUGUACCAUCUUUGAAUCAUAUUAGUUGUAAUAAUAUUAGUAGUAGUGGUAGUAAUAAUAGUUGUAGUAGCAAUGAUAAUCUUAUUUUCAACAGUCAAGCUGAUACUGCUAGAAUUUUCAAAGUUGUCUUUUCAUCAACUAAUCGAUUAUAUGCUGUUGGUGCUAUGGGUGGAAUUGGUGCUUGGCAAUUAUCAUUUCCAACUGAGAAUAAUAACAUUACUCCUACAACAAUUACUUCAAAUACUUCACUUCUAUCAAAUUCAUUGAAUUCUAAUAAUAAUGACAACAGUACUCGUAACGAUCAUAUCAAUUUAUCAAAUCAUCCACGUAGAUAUAUAUCCACAGUGGUAAGAUCAUCUACAAAUAAUCCUAUUAAUAAUUCUUCAACAACUCGGCGAUUUCGACGUUUACCUUGUCCACCACGCUUAUCAUUACCAAUGAAUUCAUCGGUUAACUGUGCUGAUUUAUUGGUUAAUCUAUCAUCACCGCAUGCACAUCUUGCAUUGGCUGGAAUUCGUGGUCAAUCAAGUAUUUCAUUACAUCGUAUUCAAGAUGGUAGUUUACAUUCUUCUAUCAAAAAUUUUAAUAUUACUAACAAUAAUAAUUUUAGUCGUGAACAAUUUGGAACUCCCACUUGUUGCGCUUUUCAUCCAAACGAGCCAUUAAUUGCAGCCGGUUUCCACGAUCAAUCACUUGUUCUUUUAAAUGUUCAAAAUAAAUCUAUAAACAAAGAAGUAUAA